AUGGUUGCCGAUCUUCACGAAUCUGCACGUCUUGUUCUCGAUGAUAUGAAAUGCUUCAUAGCGGAUGCCGAGGAAGAAAAGAAGGCUCUAGAGAGUGUUGUAAGCAGGUUCGCAGCGAGUGGUGAAGGGAACGCUUGCGUGGUAGUUGGUAAAGGAGAAAGUGGGCGUACGACCGUAGUAAAAAAUGCUGUGGAAGAGUUCGAACUUAGUGCGAAGUUGAUUGUCGUUAGUGUAGCUCAGCUCGGUUCCGAAAAGAACACCUUACAAAUGCUGACAGAUGACGAAGACGUUAAGAGUUGUGUACUGAUCAUAGAGGAUGCGGACGAGUUGGCAACACGUCAACGACAGUCUUUGCUCUAUUUACUUCUGGAUACUACAAGAAAAGGAAGCGAUCACCAAUGGCUGGUGUUUCUGAUGGUACAAAAUCAGAAUUUUAUCACAUCUUUGGAGAAGCGAGUGCGGUCUCGGUUGCCCAUGGCUCGUAUAGUGUUCCAGCCUGCUAGCACAUUGGAUGAAUAUGUGAAGGUCUUUGGAAGCUUCCUGGGUAUAGAGAGUUCGGGUACCACCAAAGAGUGGUCGAAGUUUGUGGCAGAUUUUCUGACAGACACUGCAGUUUUGGCGGAAAUGAACUACUUAUUCUCGACCGACAAUUCGUAUGCUGUGCUGAAGAGAGUAGCGAGUGCUUUCUUGUGCCUUUAUUUGGCAAAGGACUCCUCACAACCAGUCAACCAAAUCCUCACGGAGGCUGUUGAGAUGAUCUUGCCACGAAAACACUCAUUGGAACCCAUAGUCAGAUCUCUAUCUAUGUGGUCGUUGUGCGUACUUCUGUGCGUUUAUCGCCGACUGCGAUCGUGUCCGGUUUCUGCUGCCUUAGGAUACAGGAAAAUUGCACAAGAUUUUCGACGUAUUGGAAACACUGUGGACAGCCGUGUACGUGUACCGUCCGAUUUGGCUGUGUAUAGAGAACUAGAUCGGCUGGUUGAUUAUGGACUCUUGGUAGCAGAUUCAAAGGCAAAUAAUGUGGUAUUCAGGAGAUGUUCAUUGAAUGUGCAUUCGAAAACGCUCGGUGAAAUACUACGAGGUGUCACUUUGCCUAUGGCUAUUGGAUACUGGUUCGAUACGCAAACUGCAUGA